AUGUCUCAACAACAAUCAGAUAUAGAUAUAGUAGCUAUGGGUGGUGACGAUGAGGAGUUGUCAACUCUCAGAUCAAACAGAAAAAGAGUGAUUGUUGUUCAAGAGGAAGAGGAAGAAGAGUAUCAAGAUCAAUACAUUGUAAAUAAUAAUAAUAAUAAUAAUAAUAAUAAUAAUAAUAAUCAUAGUAAUAGUAAUAAUAAUGUAAAUAAGAAUAAAAAUAAUAAUAAUAAUGAUAUCAGUUAUGAUGAUUACGUAUUUGAUGAUAGUGAACCAAUGAAUGAAUUUAUAGAUGAUGAUUACAUUCCAGAGGAAUUAGACAAUGCUGUUAAACCAAACAAACCGCCUACAACAAUACCAGCACCUCGAUCAACAACCAAUAACUCCUCCACUACCAACAACCUCACAACAAAGGAUAUGUCUAUAUCGAUCAAAAAGAAAAACAAGUUAAAAAAGAGAGUAUUUGAUACUAAAGACCUUCAAAUGGAAUAUGGUCUUUCAAAACUCUACACAAUGUUAAAAAAGAAACAAUUUGGUUCAAAGUUUACUCCAAGAGAAAAUUUGACAACAUUAUUUACUACUUUUGAAAAUUGGUCAAGAGGUAUUGUUCCAAUAUCAUUGGAACAUUCUAUCAGUACAAUCGAGAAAUUAGGAAAAACACAAGCCGUUGUUAAUAUUGUAACUGCUUUGGAAAAUGGAACAUGGGUUCCAUUUACACAAGACGAUGUAGAAGAUGAAAAAGAUAGACAAUCAAGUAAUGAUCAUCCCUUUUCCAACGAUACGAUGGGCAACAGUAAUAGUUCAACUACAUCGAAUAAAACCACAACAUAUAAUAAUAAUAAUUAUAGCAAUAAUAAUCAUGUUGGUGGACUGGCAGAUUUGAGUUCUGGAAUUAAUCAAGCUAAACUUGCAUUGCAUUAUUUGGUCACACGAGACGUUUUAUAUAAAAUCCUAUAUCAUAUCAAAUCAAAUCAAUCACUUAAACCCGAUCAUUAA